AUCAAACAGUUUCAAAUUUAUUUCAACUUACAAAUAUUCUCGAGCUUAUUACAGAUUCUUGAUAUAUUUGGUUUUAUUAGUUGCUACCGGAAAACAAAAUGGGCUCAUCGGAGAUUGUAGAUUCCGGCAAGGUCACCGGCCAGAAGUCUCAGUUUUCUCAAACUUGUAAUCUUUUGAGUCAAUUCUUGAAGAAAAAAGGUUCAUUUGGAGAUCUCAAUAAUCUUGGUAUCUACCGCAGUUUUGAACCAAUUGGAAACCAAACAACUACUACUAUGAAUUUAUUGCCAAUGAUUGAGAAAUCAGGUGAUUCAGCUGAGAAUAAUUCUCAAAAACCAAUGAAUCUUUUUCCUCAAGAAGUUAUUUCUACUGCAAAAUCUGAACCAGAAAAGGCACAAAUGACAAUAUUUUAUGGUGGCCAAGUUAUUGUAUUUGAUGAUUUUCCAGCAGAUAAGGCAAAUGAAAUCAUGAAAUUGGCUAGCAAAAAAAACAACAACAAACAGAAUUUGGCUAGUAACAUUUUUUCUUAUGCAAUGGUAAAUAAUAAAAAAUCAGCUGAAUCUGUUACUAUCAAUUCGACUCAAGAACUUCGUACGCGAACUCAGGUGCCAAUAUCACAAUCCUCUGUUGCUGAUUUACCAAUUGCGAGACGAAAUUCACUUACAAGAUUUUUGGAGAAAAGAAAAGAUAGAAUUACUUCAACUGCACCAUAUCAGAUUUGCAACAAAAAAGUAGCUGAUUCUAAGAAUGAGGAAAAUAAGGCAUGGCUUGGAUUAGGUGCUCAAUUUGUUCCAGUGAAAACUGAGCAGUUCUUUUAGUUAUUUUGGUAAUAUUACUAGUAAUUGACAAAGUAUCUUUCAAGUUUUUUUUUUUUUUUUUUUGUCUUGGUUUCAAGCUUGAUUGAAGCCAAUAUUAUCUAACUAGAUCUGAUUUACUAUUAUUGAGAGAUUUUUUGUAAUUAAGACUAAGAUUGUUUGUUCAGUACCUCA